UGAUCACGAGGAGGUGAAGACACACUGCUACCCCUCCCCAGUUGGGGGGUAGCCCUUUUGACAGUUCUUCCGCCAUGAUUCGUGAAUUGUGGGAGGACAGAAUUCUUGGAGAAGGUUUUGGGGAAAGCACCUUUAAGCUCUUCGAGUCCAACGAUGGCUUGGAGGACAUGAAUGCGCCGCCGUAUUUCGUCGUUUGGCUUCACGGAAUGCACAACGGCCUGAUUGGAGAAAAAGACCUGAGAACGAUGCAGUGGAGGCUGGGUCGCAAGGUGAUAUUCAUGGUGCCUUUGAGCCCAAAACCUUGCGACGGGCUCCAUUUCAACUGGGGCUGUGCCUUCACGAAGCAGCAGAACAAGAAGGAGCUUGGAUUUGUGUUCGGGUACCUUCACUACAACUACCUCCGUGCCUUCACCGACAAGAUCGUGGAGUUGGCCAACUGGUUCAACUCCGAGCGGGUCCUCAUCAUGGGGUACUCCAUGGGCGGCUUCGGGGCCAUCCAGGCGGGCACCUUCGCCCCGGAGGCCUUCGACGCCGUGGUCUCGGUGGCGGGCUACGGCCUCGGCACCUCCGAGGCCAAGAGCGGCUACGGGGCCCCGCAGCCCCGCAGCGGUUACAUCUUCGAGGAGUUCCUUGAGAAGGAGGCGGCCAAGUUGGCCAAGGUGCCGGUGUUCUUGGCGGUGCACGCGCCCAGCGACAUGUGCUCAUCCUUUCGGGACGUCAGCGCCAUCAUCAAGAAGACUCAGGACACAGCCUGGCAAACGUGGGCGCCAAGCACCGCGAAACUGGUGCAAGUGCCUGACUGGAUGGCAAACUCCGACCAUCCGAACAAGAAGAGGAAGAGCAACCACGCCUACUUCAACUGCACGCUGCUCCACAACGGCAGCGAGCAGAUGCUCUGGGCUGAGCUCCGGCGGCUCCUGGAGACAGCGCCACCACGUCAGCUUUCCUCGGCGUGGCCGCCGGCUUCGGCCCCGGCUCCGGCCCUUCCGGAGGCGUGGAGCCAGUGGCAGCCCUGGGAGCCCUGGCGCAAGCGACGGCAAGUGGGUCGCUGGACCCAAGAGGUGACGGCGUGGGCGUGAAGCAGCGCCCAACUGCCGGGGUGGCAGGCUUCCAUUCGGCUCGGAAC